GCGAAGUCUCGGUCGUCCCGGGCUGGCCUGCAGUUCCCGGUGGGCCGUGUUCACAGGCUCCUGAGAAAGGGUAACUAUGCUGAGCGUGUGGGUGCCAGAACGCCGGUCUAUCUGGCUGCGGUGCUGGAGCAUCUGACGGCUGAAAACCUGCAACUGGCCGUGCGCAACGACGAGGAGCUCAACAAGCUGCUGGGAGGGGUGACCAUCGCUCAGGGCGGGGUGCUGCCUAAUAUCCAGGCCGUACUGCUGCCCAAGAAAUCCGCUGCUGCUGGAUCUACUAAAAAGUGA